CGUUCAAAUUCUCUCUUUGCCUCUCUAUUCCCCUUUUUUAUUUCUUUAUUUCUUUAUAGAUCAUCUAUUGUCAAUGACGACAAAAUUUGAAAAUCGACUGGAAGCAUUACGUUCCAACGUCAUGGACAGUGGCGGAGUGGAAGAGAAAGUUGAAGUCAAUCAAAGACACCUUAUUGAUAAGAUAUUGGCAAGAUAUUCAGCAGAAUAUGUAUUAUAUAGAGAGCUUAUGCAAAAUGCUGACGAUGCAUCAUCAAGCGCGGUUCAAAUAUGCUUUUAUACAGGUUCAUCUGAUCCCAACAAACCCAUCAACUUAUCAACCAAAUGUAACAAGAUUGUUUUCAAAAACAAUGGUAUGCACUUUCGACAGGAGGAUUGGAUUCGAUUGAAACGUAUUGCGGAAGGAAAUCCAGAUGAACAAAAGAUUGGUGCCUUUGGUGUUGGAUUUUACUCUCUUUUCUCCGUUUGUGAGAAUCCAUUCGUGUUUUCAGGAUCACAAUGUAUGGCGUUUUAUUUUAAAGGAGAUCAGCUGUUUGCAAAGAGAGCCGAUGUGCCUGAGAAAGAUAUAGACUCCUGGACAUCUUUUCUAAUGGAUCUUCGAGAGCCAAUGGAAAUGCCUGACUUUGACAAUUUUUGUAAAUUCUUGACAACAAGUAUGGGAUUCACAGCCAAUUUGAGGGAGGUCACUGUAUUCUUUGAUGAUCAACAAAUAUUCAGUAUUAAAAAGAGAGUGGCAGAACCUAGGGCAAUGGCAAUCGAUACCCGUCAAAUGAUUCUGAACACACCUCAGCGUAUGUUUACGAUCACGGGUGCAGACACGAGACAGAUCCAACUAGACUCAGAAAAAUAUACCCCGCCUAGCCUCCUUCUUCAGCCACUUGCUGGCCUUUUGGGCAUGCGAAAGGAGAACGGCAACACACUGCCUGUAGAGAAGGGUAGUAUCUUUUUACGUGUAGUGACCGCGUCCUUACAAGUUCACGUGUCAAGGGAUUAUGAGAAGGAAAUGGAGCGUGCCACCAAAAAGAAGCCGCCAAAGACGACAAAGUUCCAGCUAGUAUACACUGGUAGAGAAGAGCUGGAUGCGUCUGAGAACAACCUUGAUAUCUAUAAAAAUCUGAUCCCAUUUCCUAACCAAGGAUGUGUCUUCAUUGGCUUUCCUACACAUCAAACUACCGGUUGCUGCUGUCAUAUGGCAUCCCGGUUUAUACCCACUGUGGAAAGAGAAAGCAUUGAUUUCGCAGACAGAUAUAUCAGCAUAUGGAAUAAAGAAUUACUCGCAGUCGGUGGUCUCUUGGCUCGACUGGUUUAUAAUGAUGAAAUGGAACAGAUUGUUCGACUUUAUAGAGAGCUUGUAGGGUCUCAGCAGCAAGUGGACAAAACAAUCGUUGAAGGUAUGGAUAGUGCAAAGAACAUGCUGGAGAGAAGAGCAGCCCAUGCUUUGAGAUCCUUUACAUUUCAACACUCUACUCCAAGUUCUAUUGUCGGCAAAGUACACGAGAGUUGGUUCUUUCAAUCAUGCAAGGUGCCUUUGAACAUCAUGACUUCUCACGGUAUACAACCUAUCACCAUUGCCAGAACUGUGCCUGAUACUAUGAGCUUAACUGGACACAAUAUCACACAGCUAUUAGACAAAUUCAUAAAGACAAUCCCUACGAUUACAUCUAUUGUUUAUGAAGAAUGUAAGGAAGGUAUGAAAAAGCUAACGGACCAUGGACUGCUACAGCCUCUUGGAUUGAAUGAUGUCUUGAAGGAGCUCGAUUCACGUUCCUUAACAACGGAUGAAAUGAUUGCAUGUAUGAAGUGGUGGAUUGAGUGUAAUGUCGGCAACACUGCUAUCCCAGCCACAACUCGAAACAAUAUCAACGAAAAGACACGUGCUCAAUUUCUUGGUGCUGCCGUUAUGGACUGUGGAAAACAGAGAGGGCUAAUACAGCUGUCAAGAGCAAAGUACUGGCAGAAUCCCAAGAUCAUUCCUCUUGAUAUGGAUGUUCCUUCUGAUGUGAUGCCAUUUUCUGUAUCCAAACACUUUAGUGCAAAUGAACUAGCUUCUUAUUUCGGAGACAUGAAAGAACUAUCGAUAGUGUACUGGGUGCAAUAUAUAUCUCAAUCCAAGCCUGAGCUGCAAACUUCUAGCUCGUUUUCUGAACGAGUACUUGGAAUUAUAUCCAAAAGCUUUGGAAACAUAUCAUCUAAAUCUGAAAGCGAAAUUGUUCAACUGUUGAAAUUGAAAACAUGCAUCCCGACCAAGUUUGGUAUGAAACUGCCGGAGGAAGCUUAUUUUCCAAACGUCAACCUGUUUGAUGAUCUGCCGACAAUUCAAUUUAGUAAUACUCGAAGCGUCAGUGAUACCUUUUUAACUUCUCUUGGUGUUCGAAAGCACGUAGAGCUACAAAUGGUCUUUGAUAGACUUUUGUCUGAAGGAAGUUGGUCGCAUGUUGAUUUAGUAAAAUAUCUCACUUCUGUCCAGUCUACAUUAACUGAUGUGGAAGUUCGCAGACUUCGAGGUACGACUAUCUUCACUAAAGAAGGAGAAGAACCUCGAAUCAAGACUGUGAAGAAGCCUCGACCAAAAGCAAGUGAAUCUGAACCUAUUGUGCUGGAAAUACAUGAAAAGAAGAUAUACAAGCGCUACAAGGCAGCAGACCUCUAUAGUCCUACAGAGGUUGCUAAAAACUUGAAUUUGCCUGUUAUCUUCUGGACCCCACGCUGGAGACCUUCAAGUGAUGAGGCCAAGUUUCUUGUGGACAAGCUUGGUUUGAAUACCUCUCCGCCCCUUCAAAUCUUACUGACCUUGGCUGCUCCUGCCGAAACGAUGACAGAAGAGAAAAAAAAGAUCCAAAAGACAGCCCUUUCGUAUUUUAUUGAACACUACAAGGAUUAUCAAGAAAAAUAUGAUGCGAACACGAUCGAUAUCAAAUUUUUACCUUGCUCGGAUGGAAAGACAUAUUCGGCACCUCGUGAUUGUUUUACCAAUCCCGACGUUCAGCUCCUUGGUUUCCAAACACUUCAUUCUGACCUUAUACCCAUGCGCGACAAACUCGGCGUACGCGAGAACCCACCAGCCCCUCGGUUGGUUGAAGCGUUUUUAUCAAAUAUUGAAAAGGACCAUGAUAAAGCGAAAAGAAGGUUUGAGUAUAUGGCCAGUCGAUCCGGUGAGCUCUCGAGAACACAUUGGCAGCUGCUACGAGAGACAGCCUUCAUUCCUGUCGUCGCAAACGGUGUGAACAUUCUGAAGGAACCAUAUCAUUGUUACUUCGAAUCGGAUGACUCUACAAGUUUUCACAAGGAGCUGUUUCUUUUCGUCAACUUUGGUACUUUAGGAAACUCGUUUUUGAGAUCCUGUGGAGUCAAAGAUGAGCCAAAUACGGUAGAACUCGCUUCUAUGAUCGUAAAGGAUCCUCAAAGGUUCUGGGACUUGAGCAGUGGAGGCGAAAGAUACUUGGGUGCACUUCGUCAAAUCGCAGGGCAAUUUUAUCUCAUUCGGUCCAAUAGACAGUUGCUGCAUGAAAUGAGGACGAAGCCUUUUCUGGUGGGUAUCAAAAAGAUGACUUUAUCUGAGCAACAACAGCAAGAACAGUUGAAUGAAGAAAAUACAUCAGAUGGAGAGUUCGUUCAAUAUAGACUAGCUAAAGCUUCGGAUAUCUUUAUUAUCGAUGAUACAAUGUGUCAUCAAAUCUUUUCUCCCUUAUCAGCGCCAAUGGAGCCAUUAUUGGAAGAUUUUUAUAAGCAGCUGGGCAGUCAAUUGCUAUCAACGCAAAUCAAGGAAACUUACUCUUACACCAACAGAAUGGGCGUUACCGAAAGAACUAAACAAAUCACUGAAAUGAUAUUUGAGCGUACACCCAUCAUCAUCUAUCAAAUGAUGAACGAUAACCCUCAGCGACGAAAAGAGCUGUUACAUGAUGAACAGUAUGUACGACAGCAUCUCAAAGUGAUUCAAGCACAGGAGCUAAAAAUCAAUCGCGUCUUUAAACAUACCUCAGAAAAGAACGUUCAACCAACAACAGCUUGUGCAGAUAGAGUUGAUUUUGGCAUCUAUGUGUCGACUGCAUCAGAGAUGGACUAUUACGAUGUUGCCAAUGCUUUGUGUGUUUUAUUGUUUGCUCGUGUUCAGUUUAACGAUGCAAUCAUUGUUGAACGAUACCUAACGGCAAGCCUUCAUCAUCUGCGCCGUAAAGGCGUACCUGUUGAUCGUAUCUUGAAUAUUCGUAAGCAGCAGAUAGCUUCACCAGUAAAACCUAUUACAUCCAAUACAAAUCCAGUAUCCAUGCCUCGUCCAUUAGCUCCACAAGAAUUAGAUAAAUAUACCAAGCAGGUGCAAGAGGUGUUUGGCGACUGUCAAGAAGGGUAUAUCCGACAGCUGCUCUCCCAACAACAUGAUAACCAUGUGCAGAAUGUGGUGAACCGCCUAUUGCAUGAAACAUACCCAAAGAAGACCCAUCAAGUCAAAAAGGUUUCGACGGAGGAAAAUCGAGAAAAGCAAAAGCAAGCGAUAAGCAAGGCACCGGAACAAAAACCAACAGGGUUAAUCAACAGACUGUGGUCAUGGAGACAGCAGCAGGUUCCUUCAACACCAUCAACCACGACAGCUACCGAGUCAUCAUCGAUCGUAAACAAUGGUAAUAAUGAAACUCAUGAACCUAAGCAACCUAAAUUACCACCGUCAGAGACAACGAUUACUCCAAAUUACACAGAUAAUAUUCGACAAAACCUAAAGCGAGCCAUUCAUUCGUGCAGGCCAUACACAGGACAAGGUGUUUUCACUCCUCCUCGAAUCAACCAAGUGAACGAGUCAAGGCAGUACUGUGAUGCCACGCCUGGACACAAUUUGACCUAUGUUGGUAAUGUCAUGGGUAUGGAGUUUUAUGUGCACAGAACGAUCCAAGGAGAUGACGUGCUCGAACAAUAUGGACAGGCUAUGGCCAAGUUCACGAGCAUUCUCAAUGAUCUCUCCAAGGUGUUUGGACUGCAGUUAGCGACAAUCCAAAUCUUUUAUGACAAGGAAGGUCCAACAAUUGCUUUCAAUCUGAGUGGAAGUCUGUUUAUGAACUUGAGGUACUAUUUAGCACUUCAUGAAUCUCAAACAGAAGAUGAAGCAGUGAAAAGGAAAGAAGCGUUGAUCUAUUGGUUUAUGACCAUAUGUCAUGAACUUGCCCAUAACUUUGUUGCAGAUCAUAGCUCUGAACACGAAUUCUACAUGUCUUCAUUUGCUGAAAAUUAUCUGGAGUCUCUUAUGAACCAUAUCUAUCAUGCUUCCCUUCCUCCUCCUCCUCCUUCUGUAUAAACAACAUAAAUAUGGACACAAAAAGAGAAUAAAGAUAUCUAAUUGCAGGGUCUUUUUUAUAUAUGAAGAAGAAAAAAAAGUGAACAAUACACUUUUGCUGUGAGUUUUAAGUUAUAUAUCGAAUGUUGGCGUAGAUUUUAUUCUUCCAAGGCUUUAGCUUGUUGUUCUUUCAUACGACGCUUAAAAUCUUCAUAUUGACACUUUUCAUAAGCAUGACGUUCGUUUCCACAUUUCCAAGGAAGGUAAAAGGUUUCGCCUCUACAUUUAUUAAGGGGGAUCAACAAUUGAGCACAAUAAUCACGGUAUUCAAGUGGAAUUCUGGACUUUGCCAUAUCCUUUUGAGAGGCUGUUCCGUCUAAGGUUCAGUGUUUAAUCGUACAGUAGGUUUAAUUCAGAUUUUCAAGUACCU